ACCGAGAUCAACCCUGAACACUUCAAGCACACAAAGACGACGCAGAAAAUGUCUCCAAACAUGACUUGUGAAGCUCUCCAGUCCUUUUCUCCAAGACUGACUGUCGCCAAGAGGAAGGAAGCUCUCGAGCUGAGAAAGACUAUGAAACCACUGAUGGAAAAAAGAAGGCGCGCUCGCAUCAACGACAGCCUGAACCACCUGAAAAAUCUCAUCCUUCCCCUCACAGGCAGAGAUAAAACUCGCUACUCCAAGCUGGAAAAAGCCGACAUCCUGGAAAUGACUGUGAGGUUCCUGAGCGACAUCCCUCCUCUGAACACCACAAACUCCGCAGACAGCUACAGAGAAGGUUACAAAGCCUGCCUGCAGCGCGUCUCCGCUCUGCUUCCCAAAACGAGCCUGGAUCAAGACGCGUGCCAGCGAGUCAACGACUUCGUCCAGCAGUCCAUGUCCGCCACCGUCAAACCGACCUGCCUGAACUGCUGCGCGCAGAGCUCCAGGACUUUGCCUCAGAUCCAGCAGAAGCUCCUGAGCCUGAAAUCCAGCUUCGGCUCCAGAGCGGAGAGCCAGUCCCGCAGCAGCGGCGCGGCGGCCCCCCGCAGAGCGCAGUCCGGCCCGCAGCCCGACACCGCCGCCAUGUGGAGACCCUGGUAGAUCCAGCAUCUCUGAGCUGUACAGAAACUGUACGAUGUUUGAUAUGUAGGAAACAUGUCGAUUUAGCGUCACUUGUAAAUGCGCACAGUGAUUCAGACCGCUCGGUUUCCCGGAGAUGAAAAUCUUGACUUCAUCGUUGAAUUGUUUUGAGUAUUAUAUACUCCCGUUAUGCGCACGUGUCUGUUGUCCGGUAUGAGUUGGCAAGUUUAGACAGUCGUAUUUUCUAAAAAUCUGCAUGUAUGUAUACGGUAACUAUUUAGUCCUGCUCGUGGGCUAAGUGCAUAAGGGCCACUGAAACAGCCCUGUAAGACCCAAGGGGUCAGUGUAUGUAUGGAUUUGCACAAUGGACUUCAGUGUUCUGAGUCUGUGCAGACGAAAUAUGUUGACAUCAAAUGUCUCACCAAGUAUCUCUGUUGGGAUAUAGUUUUAUUGUUUGCUGUUUCCAGCAAAUUCUGUGUAUAUAUUGUACAAAAAUAAAGAAAAAAAAACAGA